GGCAUCAGUCCCUCACACUGCAGGAGUGUCCCUUCCCCCAUCCUGGUCACAUGGCUGGCCGCCACUGAGCCCACAAGUCAAUCUCCAAUGCCCCAAAUACUGUUCAGCCUGGAAAUCACAGAGAGUCCUUCUCACCAACCAAGAGCAACAGAACGAGUGGCUCUGGCCUCCCUGAGAUUUGGAUUGUGGUUUCCAACGCUUAGAGCUUGAAGUUAUGAAGGUGGAGGAGGAAAAGGCUGGGGUAGGGAAGCUGGACCCCACUAACUACAGGAGACGAUGUCAGGAUCAGGAAGACUGCCGUUCCAUCCACAUUGGGCUUUCAGUCCCCGGUUACCCUCACAGGAAAAGAGACCAGAAGGGACAUCUUUCAGGCCUGCAAAAGGUCCGCUGGGGCUUGCGGCCAGACAAGCCGCAGCAGGGGCUGGCCAGUGCCGGCAGCACUGUGGAUCAUGUCAGCAGGACACGGUCUCCAGCUGCUGAGCAGCUCCAGGACAUCCUGGGGGAGGAAGAUGAGGCUCCCAACCCCACCCUCUUCACAGAGAUGGACACUCUGCAGCACGACGGAGACCAGAUGGAGUGGAAGGAGUCGGCCAGGUGGAUAAAGUUUGAAGAAAAGGUAGAGGAAGGAGGCGAGCGCUGGAGCAAGCCCCAUGUGUCCACACUGUCCCUGCACAGCCUCUUUGAGCUCCGGACCUGCCUGCAGACGGGGACGGUGCUGCUGGAUUUGGACAGCGGCUCCUUACCACAGAUCAUAGAUGAUGUCAUUGAAAAGCAAAUCGAGGACGGCCUCCUUCGGCCAGAGCUCCGAGAGAGGGUCAGCUACGUCCUACUGAGGAAACACCGUCACCAAACCAAGAAGCCCAUCCACCGCUCCUUGGUUGACAUUGGAAAGUCAGUCUCCUCCACCACCAAUCGCAGCCCAGGCCGGAGCCCCGCGGCGGGCCCGAGCCUACACCACUCCACCGAGGACCUGAGGAUGCGGCAAAGCGCAAAUUACGGCCGCCUGUGUCACGCCCAGAGCAGAAGCAUGAAUGAUAUUUCUCUCACCCCAAAUACAGACCAGCGGAAAAACAAAUUCAUGAAGAAGAUCCCCAAGGACUCAGAAGCCUCCAAUGUGCUCGUGGGCGAGGUGGACUUCCUGGACCAGCCAUUCAUUGCCUUCGUGCGUCUCAUCCAGUCAGCCAUGCUGGGAGGAGUGACAGAGGUGCCUGUCCCCACCAGAUUUCUGUUCAUACUGCUGGGACCUUCUGGGAGAGCAAAAUCCUACAACGAAAUUGGCCGUGCCAUUGCAACCCUCAUGGUAGACGACCUCUUCAGCGACGUGGCCUACAAGGCCAGGAAUCGGGAGGAUCUGAUCGCGGGGAUUGAUGAGUUUCUAGACGAGGUCAUCGUGCUUCCCCCUGGAGAGUGGGACCCAAAUAUUCGAAUUGAGCCACCCAAGAAGGUGACUUCUGCUGACAAGAGGAAAUCCGUGUUCUCCCUGACUGAGCUAGGCCAGAUGAACGGCUCUGUGACGGGAGGCGGCGGCGGGGCUGGAGGCGGCGGCGGGGCUGGAGGCGGCGGCGGCGGCGGCGGCAGCGGGGCCGGCGGAGGGAGCAGCGGGGAUGAUGGGGAGAUGCCAACCGUGCACGAGAUCGGGGAAGAGCUCAUCUGGACAGGAAGGUUCUUCGGUGGCCUGUGUCUGGAUGUCAAGAGGAAGCUGCCCUGGUUCCCAAGUGACUUCUACGAUGGCUUCCACAUUCAGUCCAUCUCUGCCAUCCUAUUCAUCUACCUCGGCUGCAUUACCAACGCAAUCACCUUUGGUGGGCUUCUGGGGGAUGCCACUGACAAUUAUCAGGGAGUGAUGGAGAGUUUCCUGGGCACUGCCAUGGCUGGCUCCUUGUUCUGCCUCUUCUCGGGACAGCCUCUCAUCAUCCUCAGCAGCACAGGGCCCAUCCUCAUCUUCGAGAAGCUCCUCUUCGACUUCAGCAAAGGCAAUGGCCUGGACUACAUGGAGUUCCGCCUCUGGAUUGGCCUACACUCAGCUGUCCAGUGCCUUAUCCUGGUGGCCACAGAUGCCAGCUUUAUCAUCAAGUAUAUCACCCGCUUCACUGAGGAGGGCUUCUCCACCCUCAUCAGUUUCAUCUUCAUCUAUGAUGCCAUUAAGAAGAUGAUUGGUGCCUUCAAGUACUACCCCAUCAACAUGAACUUUAAGCCUGACUCUAUCACCAUCUACAAAUGCGAGUGCGUCGCCCCCGACACAGCGAAUACAACCGCGUUCAAUGCUUCAGCCACGUCGCCACCAAACACCAACACUUCUCUGUACAACCCCCUUAACCUCACAGCGUUGGACUGGUCCCUGCUGAGCAAAAAGGAGUGUUUGAACUAUGGUGGGCGCCUACUUGGGAAUUCCUGCCAGUUCAUCCCAGACUUGGCACUCAUGUCCUUCAUCCUUUUCUUCGGGACAUACUCCAUGACCCUGACCCUGAAGAAGUUCAAAUUCAGCCGCUAUUUCCCUACCAAGGUUCGGGCCCUAGUAGCUGACUUUUCCAUCAUUUUCUCCAUCCUGCUGUUCUGUGGAGUUGAUGCCUGUUUUGGCCUGGCAACCCCCAAGCUGCUCGUGCCCAGCGUCAUCAAGCCCACGCGGCCUGAUCGAGGCUGGUUCGUGGCCCCCUUUGGGAAGAACCCAUGGUGGGUGUACCUGGUAAGCAUCCUGCCCGCCCUGCUGGUGACCAUCCUGAUCUUCAUGGACCAGCAGAUCACGGCCGUCAUAGUCAACCGGAAGGAGAACAAGCUGAGGAAGGCCGCUGGCUACCAUCUGGACCUGUUCUGGGUGGGCAUCCUCAUGGCUCUCUGCUCCUUCAUGGGGCUGCCCUGGUACGUGGCUGCCACGGUCAUCUCCAUUGCCCACAUCGACAGCCUCAGGAUGGAGACGGAGACCAGCGCCCCUGGGGAGCAGCCGCAGUUCCUGGGGGUCAGGGAACAGAGAGUGACCGGCACCAUUGUCUUCAUCCUGACAGGGAUCUCUGUCUUCCUGGCUCCCAUCCUGCAGUACAUCCCUUUGCCAGUGCUGUAUGGAGUCUUCCUCUACAUGGGUGUGGCCUCCCUGAAUGGCAUCCAGUUCUGGGAUCGCUGCAAACUCUUCCUGAUGCCGGCCAAGCACCAGCCGGACCAUGCCUUCCUGCGGCACGUGCCCCUGCGCCGGAUCCACCUCUUCACCCUGGUGCAGAUACUGUGCUUGGCUGUGCUCUGGAUCCUCAAGUCUACGAUGGCCGCCAUCAUCUUCCCAGUCAUGAUCCUGGGCCUCAUCAUCGUUCGAAGGCUUCUGGACCUCAUCUUCUCCCAGCAUGAUUUGGCCUGGAUUGACAACAUCCUUCCAGAGAAGGAGAAAAAGGAGGCAGAUAAGAAGAAAAGGAAAGGGGCCCAUGAGCACAGUGACGAGGAGGACAAAGAUCUUCCAGUUGGAGUUACUCACUCUGAUUCUUCCUUCAGUGAUUCAGAACUCGACCGAAGCAUCACCCUGCACUUCAAAAUCUCCUGUCCAGCUUCACCUGCCUUCAGCUACUCACAGAGCCCAGUCUUCAUGGUGCCCCAGGUGAAGAUAGAGAUGGAGCCAGACUGUGACUUCACAGACAUGGAAAGAUACAGAAGAGAAGCUGACAGCGAGACCACCCUCUAGGAGGACGGACGGGGCACAGAGUGAGGGCCUGGUUUAGUCUUCACUGUGAGGGUCUGGGCCAAAACCCUUCACUUUUCCAAACCUGUUUCCUAUUUACCAAACAGAGGGAGUCAUUCUGCUUGAUAGAAAACUGGAGAGCUGCUGAUGAAAAGUACUACUUAUGUGCAAAGCCCUCUACUUCCCUCUGUAGUUAUGAAAAUAACUAAAGCUAAAUGUUACACCUUAUUUUAAAAUGCAGUCCAGCAUAGAAAUUAUAACAUUUCUUUUGAAAUGAAAAAAUGCUUUCUCUCAAAACUGUAGCUAAGAUAAAGGGGCACUAGUUAAUUUUUAUUUAAAACGAAUAUCAGUUAAGAUUUUUUUUUUUUAAAGCUGAGAUUUUAAAUUAUCUAGAUGGUCUUAAAACAACUUAAAAUACUCAUACUUUAAGAGACCAAGGUUGGAAAAUUUGUU